GAACUCGCAAAGUCACUUUGAAAAAAACAGUGAGGACUUUUAAGUCAAUUCGUUCUUCUCACUGUGCCGAUUCACUUCCACAGUGAACUGAAAUCAGAAAAAUCCACUUCGCUUCUCUCUGCAUUUUGUGAGCUUCAGUUUUCUUCUUUAGGGUUUCGGUUUGGACCAUUUGAGGAUGGCGGCGUCUUCUUCUUCUGAUCCCGGGAUGAAGCCGGAAGUAGGCGGUGGAGGUGGAGGAGAGUGCUCGGAGGCGGUGAUAGCUAACGACCAGCUGUCGCUGUACAGAGGUUUAAAGAAAGCGAAGAAAGAGAGGGGUUGCACUGCCAAAGAGCGCAUCAGCAAGAUGCCUCCCUGUACCGCCGGCAAGCGCAGCUCCAUCUACCGUGGCGUUACCAGGCAUAGAUGGACUGGUCGUUAUGAAGCUCAUCUCUGGGAUAAAAGUACAUGGAACCAGAAUCAGAACAAGAAAGGAAAGCAAGUAUACUUGGGGGCAUAUGAUGAUGAAGAGGCUGCAGCCAGAGCUUAUGAUCUUGCCGCCUUAAAAUAUUGGGGUCCUGGGACACUUAUCAACUUCCCUGUUACUGAUUAUACAAGAGAUCUUGAAGAAAUGCAGAAUGUAUCAAGAGAGGAUUACCUUGCAUCUCUUCGAAGAAAAAGCAGUGGUUUCUCAAGGGGUCUUUCCAAAUACCGUGGGCUUUCAAGACGAUGGGAUACAUCUUUUGGUCGUAUGGCUGGAUCUGAAUACUUCAACAGCAUACAUUAUGGUGCAGGUGAUGAUACAACAGAAGGUGAAUAUGUUGGCAGUCUUUGCAUUGAUAGAAAGAUUGAUUUAACAAGUAACAUCAAAUGGUGGGGCCCCAACAAAUCUCGCCAAGCAGAAUCUACAUCAAAGUCCUCGGGAGAAACAAAACAUGGCUGUGAUGAAGAUAUUGAUAGUGAACUUAAAAUAUCAGAAUGGGGAGUGCAGUCUACCGAGCCAUACCAGAUGCCUCAUUUGGGCAUGUCUGUUGAAGGGAAAAGGCAUAAAGGUUCCACAGUCUCUGCCUUGAGCAUUUUGUCUCGGUCAGCUGCUUUCAAGAGCUUGCAAGAUAAAGCAUCAAAUAAGCAAGACAAAAACAAUGAGAAUGAUGAGAAUGAAAACAAGAAUACUAUCAACAAAAUGGACUAUGGCAAGGCAAUUGAAAAAUCCAUAACUCACGAUGCUGGCAGCGAGAGACUUGGGGGUGCAUUAGGAAUGAAUGAGGGAUUGUCUCUCCAGAGAAAUGCAUAUCCAUUGACUUCUUUCUUGUCGGCUCCACUCCUGACCGCCUACAACACACUUGAUCCCUUAGUAGAUCCCAACAUUCUUUGGGCAUCUCUUGUUCCUGUUCCAUCAGCUGGACUUUCUCGUAAUCCUGAGGUCACGAAGACGGAAACUAGUUCAACUUAUACUUUUUUUCAGCCAGAGGAAUGAUAGCGUACACCUUUCAAUACCCUGACGAGGAAUGAUUGCAUACACCUUUCCACACACACUAUGUUUUGGAUAUUUAGUGGCAGUACCUCUUGGCAAUCACAGUCGUAGGUGUGCAAAUGGUUCUGUUUUCCUUGAGUUAAAAGACUUUUACUUUUGCAGGCUUGUAUUUGCAUACGGUUGGGAGAAUAUAUGAGAAGGGAAAUACUGUUGUAUCGGUAGAAUUACAUUUUGAUGAAGAUUCUUCGAGGUGUGAAGAAGCUGAUGUUUAAAAUUAUGUUGAAAUUGUGACAACAGUCUGAUGACCACCUGAAUUUCCUUUGUAAACACCAUGUACAGAAUUGAAGUCUGAUUUCUGUAUAACCUAAAGACACCUGCUGACUGUUUCAACACA